AUGAGCUUUCGUAGUCACGAAACGAGCGAAAAUAUCGAAAACCCGCUCGUAGAGCCAAGCGAAGCUAUACUACACGAUGCAAAACAAGAUGCCUGCGAACAGGCAACUACAGCACAGGAAACCCGAGAGCGUAAAAUGACAGAGAAAGGUAGAGAAUAUGUCUGUUCGUUGAAAAGAAAAGCAGCCCUCGAUAUCAAGGAAGAGUUUUUGAAAGAACUGUUUAAUUUUGAGAAAAAGAUUGCAGAUUUCAAUGGUGUUGUUGAACUUAAUAAACAAAUAACAUUGUCAUCAGGGAAAAUGAAUUUUGUUAGCAAGGCCCUUGAUGAAUGGUUGAAAUUAUCCUUAGAUGAGAAUGAAAUUCGCGAAGUCAUAGAAAUGCGUACAUUUCUGUCCGAUAAAUUGUUGAGCACCCAGAGCUGGGCUCAAGAAUAUGCAGUGAAGUUUAGUCAGCAAAAGCAAGAAACAAUUUCUACAACAUCCCGACGAAGUAGUAGCAACAGCAGCCAUAUAGACACCUUAGUUAACCUUAAAGCAAGAAAAGCAGCUUUAGGAAAAAGAAUGCAAUAUUUUCAGUUAAUAUCCGAGCAGGAACGUAAACUUGAGCAGCUAAAGAUGCAGGGAGAAUUUGAGGAAGUCUCAGCACAAGAAAGUGUGUAUGAAACGCUUACUGAAACAGGAAACAUUUUGGGUACCAUUUCUAAUCCAGCCCUGCCCACAGAGAAACACAAUAUCAUGUCCACCUUUCUUGAAGAAGCCACCAACAUAGCCAGCAUUCCCACAGAACAAAGAGUGCCGGAGGCCACAGUAGAACAAGAUGAGCCACGCGCAGUACAUCCCUUUCCCGAGGCACUGAUCCAAUCUCCAUACCAACCUGUUGAGGAUCGACCGGAUUCAUUAUCAGAAAUCGAUAGUGUAUCUCAAGUACAACCCCCAUUCCACGCAGAACAGCCCUCACCUCAAGUGCAAUACCCUCUCCACACAGAACAGUCCCCACCUCAAGUGCAAUACCCUCUCCACACAGAACAGUCCCCACCUCAAUUGCAACGCCCUUUCCACACAGAACAACACUCACCUCAAGUGCAACACCCUCUCCACACAGAACAGUCCCCACCUCAAGUGCAACGCCCUUUCCACGCAGAAGAACACCCACCUCAAGUGCAACACUCUCUCCACGCAGAACAGUCCCCACCUCAAGUGCAACGCCCUCUCCAUGCAGAACAGCCCUCACCUCAACUGCAGCCCCUAUUCCAAGUGCAACUCCCACUUCACAUAGUACAACCCCCACCUCAAGUGCAACACCCUCUCCACACAGAACAGUCCCCACCUCAAGUGCAACCUCCACUCCACACAGUACACCCCCACCUCAAGUGCAACACCCUCUCCACGCACAACAACCCCCGCCUCAACUGCAGCCCCCAUUCCAAGUACAACCCCCACUUCACAAAGUGCAGCACCCACCUCAAGUGCAACGACACCUCUACGCAGAACAUCUCCCACCUCAACUGCAGCCCUUAUUCCAAAUACAACCCCCAUUCCACACAGUGCAGCCCCCACCUCAAGUACAGCCACCACUCCACGCAGCUCAGUUCCCACACUAUGCAAGUAACCUAUCCAUUCCAUUUAAUUCCCCAGGUACCCUUGGGAGCCAGCCGAAUCUCCACCCAACACCAAUGACUCUUCACACCACACCACCACAAGAUGUAUCGAAUCGGAUAGCUGA